CGCGUCGUCCGGCGCGGAGCGGGCCGGUGCUGCCCGCGGUCGCCGGUAUCGUUGCGUGAGCGGCGGCGCCCGCCCGCUCCCCCCCGCCCUCCGCCCUUCGCCCUCCGCCCUUCGCCCCGUCCGGCCUCCGCGGCCCGGCGCCGGCGCGUCAUGGUGCCGUCGGCGCGCCCGGCGCGGCCCCGCUGAGCGUCGUGGGGGCGACGACCGCGGCCCGGGGUCACCAUGCCCACCCGGGUGUGUUGCUGCUGUUCUGCGUUGCGUCCUCGCUACAAACGCCUGGUGGACAACAUAUUCCCUGAAGAUCCAAAAGAUGGCCUUGUUAAAGCUGAUAUGGAGAAAUUGACAUUUUAUGCAGUAUCUGCUCCAGAGAAACUGGAUCGAAUUGGCGCUUACCUGGCUGAAAGGUUGAGCAGGGAUGUUGUCAGACAUCGAUCCGGGUAUGUUUUAAUUGCUAUGGAGGCCUUGGACCAACUUCUUAUGGCCUGCCAUUCUCAAAGCAUCAAGCCAUUUGUAGAAAGUUUUCUUCAUAUGGUAGCCAAGCUGCUGGAAUCAGGGGAACCAAAGCUUCAAGUUCUUGGAACAAAUUCUUUUGUUAAAUUUGCAAAUAUUGAAGAAGACACACCAUCCUACCACAGACGUUACGACUUUUUUGUAUCUCGCUUCAGUGCUAUGUGUCAUUCCUGCCACAGCGAUCCUGAAAUACGGACAGAAAUCCGAAUUGCUGGAAUCAGGGGUAUUCAAGGUGUGGUUCGCAAGACAGUUAAUGAUGAACUCCGGGCUACCAUCUGGGAACCUCAACAUAUGGAUAAAAUUGUUCCAUCCCUGCUGUUUAACAUGCAAAAGAUAGAAGAGGUCGAGAGUCGAAUAGGCCCUCCUUCUUCUCCCACAGCAGCUGAAAAGGAAGAGAAUCCUGCUGUGCUGGCUGAAAACUGUUUCAGAGAACUGCUGGGGCGAGCCACUUUUGGGAAUAUGAAUAAUGCAGUUAGACCAGUUUUUGCGCAUUUAGAUCAUCACAAACUGUGGGAUCCCAAUGAAUUUGCAGUUCACUGCUUUAAAAUUAUAAUGUAUUCCAUUCAGGCCCAGUAUUCUCAUCAUGUGAUCCAGGAGAUUCUAGGACACCUUGAUGCUCGUAAAAAAGACUCUCCACGGGUCCGAGCAGGUAUUAUUCAGGUUCUGUUAGAGGCUGUUGCCAUUGCUGCUAAAGGCUCCAUAGGACCCACAGUGCUGGAAGUUUUUAACACGCUAUUGAAGCACCUGCGACUCAGUGUGGAAUUUGAAGCCAAUGAUUUGCAAGGGGGAUCUUUAGGCAGUGCCAACUUGAACACAAGUUCCAAAGACAACGAUGAGAAAAUAGUGCAGAAUGCUAUCAUCCAAACAAUAGGAUUUUUUGGAAGUAACCUCCCAGAUUAUCAGAGGUCAGAAAUAAUGAUGUUCAUUAUGGGGAAGGUCCCCGUGUUUGGAAGCAGCACCCAUACUCUGGAUGUCAGCCAGCUCGGGGAUUUAGGAACCAGGCGGAUUCAGAUAAUGUUGCUGAGAUCUUUGCUAAUGGUGACCUCUGGAUACAAAGCUAAGACUAUUGUUACUGCCCUGCCUGGGUCUUUUCUGGAUCCUUUGUUAUCACCAUCCCUCAUGGAAGACUAUGAACUGAGACAGUUAGUCUUAGAAGUAAUGCAUAAUCUCAUGGAUCGCCACGACAACAGGGCAAAGCUUCGAGGGAUCAGAAUAAUACCAGAUGUAGCUGACCUAAAGAUAAAAAGAGAAAAAAUUUGUAGACAAGAUACAAGUUUCAUGAAAAAGAAUGGGCAGCAGCUCUAUCGGCAUAUAUAUUUGGGCUGUAAAGAGGAAGACAAUGUGCAGAAAAACUAUGAGCUACUUUAUACCUCUCUUGCUCUCAUGACGAUUGAAUUGGCAAAUGAAGAAGUGGUUAUCGAUCUCAUUCGAUUAGCCAUUGCUUUACAGGACAGCGCCAUCAUCAAUGAGGACAAUUUGUCCAUGUUCCAUCGUUGCGGGAUCAUGGCUCUGGUAGCAGCGUAUCUCAACUUUGUCAGCCAGAUGAUCGCUGUCCCUGCAUUUUGCCAGCAUGUUAGUAAGGUUAUUGAAAUUCGAACUAUGGAAGCCCCUUAUUUUCUACCAGAACAUAUUUUCAGAGAUAAGUGCAUGCUUCCAAAGACUUUAGAGAAGCAUGACAAAAAUUUGUACUUUUUGAUCAAUAAAAUUUCUGAGUCACUGGGUGGAAGUGGCUAUAGUGUUGACAGACUGUCCGUGCCAUAUGUCCCGCAGGUCACAGAUGAAGAUCGACUUUCUAGAAGAAAAAGUAUUGUGGACACUGUAUCCAUUCAGGUGGAUAUUUUACCCAACAGCUUUCCAUCUGAUGAUGUGGUGAGUAACACGGAAGAAAUCACCUUUGAAGCAUUAAAGAAAGCUAUUGAUACCAAUGGAAUGGAAGAGCAGGAAAAGGAGAAAAGGCGGCUUGUGAUAGAAAAAUUCCAGAAGGCACCUUUUGAGGAAAUAGCAGCGCAGUGUGAAUCCAAAGCAAAUUUGCUUCAUGAUAGACUUGCUCAAAUAUUGGAACUCACCAUACGCCCUCCUCCCAGUCCAUCGGGAACACUGACCAUUACUUCCGGGCAUGCCCAGUACCAGUCUGUCCCAGUCUAUGAGAUGAAGUUUCCAGAUUUGUGUGUGUACUAAGCAGCUCAUGAAGACCUCAGCAUAGGACUUUAAAAGCUAAAAAUUGAGGCCAAACUGAGUUUUCAGGAUUUACUUAAUGUGUAGUAACAUAUUUCUUGAAAAUAAUGAUGGAACCUAUUUUUAACCAAAUGCUUAGCAUACCAUAGCAGAAAUUUUAGAACUAUAUAUAAUUUAGAGUACUUUUGAAGAUAGAUUUAUGCCUUGUUAAUUUCUUCUGAGAUUCCUGUUGGCUUUUAAAGUUGAACCUAUGUAGGUCUCAUAUUAUUCCAUUGUUCAAUAGUACAUUUUAAAGAUUUCACAGAGAUUAACAACAAAAUAAGCCUCCAGAGGGUUGAAAAUACAUGAAGCAUCUACUGUAUUUUGUGAACUUCUACACAGCUGCUUAGAAAUAGCAUUGCUUUUGUUUUUGGUCAUCUGCAAAAGCAAGUAAGCAAAUGUAUCCCUAGUUCCGGGCUGCACAACUGUUCUGCAGCUUGCGCCCCAUGGUUCACGUGUUGUGGUUGGCCUCCCGCUGCUUGUCGCUGUGAUGAUGUGUGAUGGCAGUCCUCCAGUGUGUGUAAUGAUGACCUCUAAUGAGUAAUAUCCUAGAAUAUGACCUUAAAAAUCACCAGACUUUAAAGUAUCUAGUUCUUGUAAUACUUUGUUUCUGCCAAGGGUUUGACCAUUCUACAUGAGAGGCUUAGAGCUUACUCUUGGAGUACCAAACUGUGGAAUAUUUUUUACAUCAUAAGAUGUAUUAGUUUACAGACUAUGCUUUGAAAUAAUAGUAGUAUUUUGCUGUGGCUCCAUUGAUUAAAUGAGAUAUAUAUUUAGUAUAGGAAAAAGACAUUUAAGACAACUACUAGUUCACCUGUGAAGAGUGUGUACAUUUUCAUUCCUAUUAAAAGCACAUUAAUUUACAGUCCAUGUUGUGCAUUGUUUUAAAUCCUCACAGUAAAAAAAUUCCCCAAGCGGACUUUUAAUUUUUAAGAUUUGAAUUAUAACUGGCAUUCAUCUCUUUUGGGGGUUUCUUAUAUUACAUUUGAAAGGAGUACCUAUCGUUUUAGCAGUCCCAGGGGUUAAGGGUCGCGUUAGGCUUCUGUUGACGGAAGCUGCUGCGCUGGCGCAUGCUCUCUGCACGUGCAGAGUGAUGCCGUGGCAUCAGGUGCAUCUCGGGGAAUCCAUCCGCAGCUGCAGCGAGCAACUUUCUUUGCGAUGCUUAUAUAGUGCUUGGAACAUUUUUUAUAAAGUCACCCAUUUAUAAUACUACUUGUUCAGGUUUGAUUUCUUUAUACAUAUAACAAUAUACAUAUCAAAACUGGUAGCUAAAAAUUUUCAAUUUUUACCUUUGGUUUUGUUUGAAAUAAUGCGGUUAUUUAUGAAAUCAUCAUAAAUAAUGUUUAUGAUGAUUUGGGCAACACUCGUAGAACCAGAAAAAAGUAAAGAACAGCAUCAUAGAACAGGAUACUCUGAUUUUAUUUUUUAAGUAUUUAAGAUUACAGCAACUUGAAACAUCUUCCAAAAAGUGCCAGUUAUUAAGCCUAUAAAAUGAUAGUCAGAUAUCCUGGACGUUUAGUAGUUGUAGGUAAGCAAGACCUGUUUCCAGAGAACAGUCAUCACCGUGGGGCUGCCUGGCCUCAUUGCAGCUCUCACUGUAACUUUGCCUGUUGAUCACAUAAAAAGUUUCACCCUUUAAUAGACCAAGUUUACUUUUUUUUAAAAUUCCUUUUUGUUUUUUGGUAUUUUUAAAGAAGGACAUUAAUUUUUGACUGCAUUUUAAAAAAAUCUAAGCAGGGGGACAUGCAAAAACAAUCAUCAUCCUCUUGGAUGUCAUUUUACAGAUUAACACUGUGUGCUUUUGUAUGAAAAGAUAUAUAAUUUAAUAGUAUAAGAAAAGAAGAUAUAUAUUCAUUUGCUCUCACGCAGAACAAACUGCUCUACAGAAUUUCCUGUUUCUCUGUGAUUAAAAAAUGCAUGUAUUGCACGUAAAGAAAAAUCAUUUCGGUCAACGGCCAUCACUUUCUUGGGGUCUGUUUGUAAACUGUUAAUUCGGUUUCUGGUUUUGAGGCCCAGUCGUCUUCGGUGUCACUGAACUUGUCCAGUUAACAGUGAUUCCCAAGAAAUGGGUCUUCACUGGGCUGUCUCUUCCAGGGCCGCAGGACACCUGCGGGGAGGAGCUGCAUGCUGUACGGAGUCGGUGUAGAGACGGAAAUUUAAGAUGCGUUGACGUUCACUGUAUUUUACUAUAUUUUUGUAGAUAUUUAAAACUUUAAUAAACUUGUUCAUUCUCUUUUUGUGGUAUGCAGUUGCUGGUAUCAUUCCUUUUUCUUUCUCCAACAUUGAAUAGUAAACAUCUAAAUGUUCCUCCUAAACUUGUGUUGUCUUUGACUGUUCACAUCGUUUGUUGGUGGGUUUACCUGAACACACACACAUCCUUCCUUAACACUUCUGCGCUUGUUCUCUUCAAAUAAUACUAUAUUAGCAACUAACUGCCCCCCUUCAGAAUGUUUUCCUGUCUGAAAAUGGAACACAUUUGUCCUAUUCAUGCCAUGUAUGUAAUAAAUGUAAUUGUUUUGAAGUGUAAAAUUCACUGUGCAAUUCAUACGUAAGCAAUAAAGCAGUCAAAUCACUCCUGUUUAAGUACUUUUUAUAAU